AUGUUAAAUUACUUCAGUUUGCCAGCACCUGUUAAGAGACGUAUCAAAGCCUUGAAGAAAUUGCAGUUACAAUACUUGGAACUGGAAGGAAAUUUUUAUGAACGUGUACAUCGUUUAGAAUGUGAAUUUAUGGCAGAAUUUAACAAGAUUACUGCUAAGCGAAAAGAUAUUGUGAAUGGAUCUGUUGAACCCACCGAUGAGGAAUGUGAAUGGGAGGAAGAUGAAGAUGAUAUUUCCGUAUGCAAUUGCGAAUAUAUUGUUUUUUUUAUCUGUAGUCAAGUCGACGAAUGCCGAGGCAUUUCCAACUUUUGGUUAAAUGCUAUGAAAAAUACCGACUUGCUUAGCUCAAUGAUUCAGGCUGAUGACGAACCUAUUCUAAAACAACUGACAGAUGUACACGUAUCAUAUACUUCUGGUGAACAACCGGGUUUCAAUUUGGAAUUUGUCUUCAAGCCAAAUGAAUUCUUCAGUAAUACGACUCUUACGAAACAGUACUUGUUGCGAUUUGAUCCUAAGAAAGAUGAUCCAUUUUCUUAUGAUGGCCCGGAAAUCGUCUAUUCGAAAGGAUCAAAAAUCGAUUGGAAAAGAGGUAAAAAUGUUACGCAGAAGACUAUUAAGAAGAAACAAAGACAUAAAGGCAAAGGAUCAACACGUACGGUUACACAAACUGUGAAGAGCGAUUCUUUCUUUAAUUUUUUCAACCAACAACCAUGUAUGUCUGUUACUAUGAAAACUUUGGAUGAAGAGGAUGCUGAAGAACAGAUGGAAAUCGAUUUCGAAUUAGGGCAUUUCUUCAGAAAUAGGCUAAUCCCAAGGGCCGUGUUAUUUUUUACUGGUGAAGCCGUUGAAGAUGAGGUAUUCUUACAUAAUAGAUUUUGA